AUGGCUAGUGAGGAGAGUUUCCUAGUGCUGGUACAUUACAGAGGGUCGAUUAAGAGAAAAACUCAGUUCGGCGUGAAGUUCACUGAUAAGGAUCCCCUAUGUAUUAUCGUGACGCCAACAACCACCUACGAUGCUCUUGUUAGCUCUGUGCUGGAGAAGCUUGGUCUCGAAGGAGUUAAAAGGGUCAAGAAGUUUUUUUACCAGAUUCCAACAGCGGUGCUCCAUGACACCGUGAAGUUUGAUUGUUCCACAAUCGGUAGUGACGAGGACUUGCAUGUUAUGUUUCUUUGUCGUAGGCAGUUUCCCGAGGUAAGGACACCAGAGUUGUUGGCAAAGUUGGUUGAUGUGGUAUCUAGCUCGGGUGGUUCGAACCGGAAUGCCAAUACUAUAGCCGCGGUUGCCGGCUCGAGCUCGAGACCUGCUGUUGCUUCAUCCUCUGCUCCUGUGUAUGAGCCACCGAUGCAGCCUGUUGCGUCUCCUUCGUUUGCCGUUGAUCUGAGCGGCAAUGUUGGAGACGCGGUUCGGUAUAGGGAACAUAUUCCCACCGAGGUACAUUGUCCCACACCGGCUGGUGUUGGUGAUGGUUUGUUUGAUGAUCCAGAUGACGAUGACGUGGAGCCGGAUAUGAUCGCUGAUGAAAGCGGCGAUGAUGUUGGAACUACUGUUCCGAGAAGGGCUACAGGUGGAUCUAGUUCUGGCACACAGCAGUAUCCACCCCAUUUUUCCUCGUUGGACCUGGAUGCCAUGCGGCAGGACGAAAAUGCUCUGCAGCCCUCAGGAUUUGGCGCUAGAGAUACCGAGGGGUCUGCCGGUAUGAACGAGUUCCAGGUUGGCCAACAAUUUCAGGAUAAAGAUGAGGCGCUGUUGAGUGUGAAGACGUACAGUAUCCGCCGAGGGGUCCAGUACAAGGUCGUUGAGUCUGACUAUCGCAGGUAUGUGGGAAAGUGUUCUGAGUUUGGGAAUGGGUGCACAUGGCUGAUUCGGUUGAGUCUCCGACAGCGGAAGGGUAUCUGGGAAGUGAAGCGAUACAACGGACCGCAUACAUGUCUCGCCAGCUCCAUCUCCAGCGACCAUAGGAGUCUGGACUACCAUGUGAUAUACACCUUCAUUAUGCCGAUGGUUAGGGCUGAUGCAGCUGUGAACAUCAAGGUGCUUCAAAAUGCCACGGCCGCACACUUUGGGUUCAAGCCAACGUACAAGAGGGUAUGGAUGGCGAAGCAGAAGGCCGUUGCCGUCAUAUAUGGGGACUGGGACGAGUCGUACAAUGAGCUCCCUAGGUGGGUUUUAGGAGUUCAGCUGACGAUGCCUGGCACUGUAGCCGUCCUCAGGACUUGCCCUGUUCGAGUUGGGGGACAGGUUGACGAGUCUCAGGUUUAUUUUCAUAGGCUGUUCUGGACUUUCCCCCCUUGUAUCCAGGCAUUCCGUCAUUGCAAGCCUUUGGUGAGUAUUGAUGGCACCCAUCUAUAUGGGAAGUAUGGGGGAACAUUGCUAGUCGCCAUUGCACAGGACGGAAACUCGAACAUCCUCCCCGUGGCAUUUGCACUAGUUGAGGGUGAGAAUGCUGAGUCAUGGUCUUUCUUUCUUUCCCACCUCCGUGAGCACGUGACACCUCACCCGGGUCUGUUAGUUAUUUCAGAUAGGCAUAACGGCAUCAAGGCAGCCCUCGAGGCUCCGGAUGGGGGAUGGCUACCCCCGGCUGCGUACCGGGCGUUCUGCAUUCGACACGUUGCAUCGAAUUUUGCCUUGAUGUUCAAGGGAAAAGAUGCCCGGAGGCUUCUUGUUAACGCCGCAUAUGCCAAGACCGAAGUGGAGUUCGACUACUGGUUUGACAUUCUGCGCUCUGAGAAUCCGGCAAUGUGUGACUGGGCGAACCGAAUCGAGUAUUCGUUGUGGACACAGUACUGUGAUGAGGGUCGGAGAUUCGGGCCCAUGACGACCAAUAUUUCGGAAUGUGUCAACUCAAUCCUGAAGGGGGUAAGAAACCUCCCUGUUUGCUCGCUGGUGAAGGCCACAUACGGAAGGCUAGCUGAGCUAUUUGUCCGUAAGGGUAGGGAGGCCGAGGCUCAGAUGUGUACUGGACAACAAUUCAGUCAAUACCUAGUAAAGUGUAUCGAGGCCAACCUGAAGACAGCCAGGUGCUUCACGGUGACUGUUUACGACAGGGAUAACUCGGAAUACACCGUUGCUGAGACGACUCUGACAGGUUCAUUCUCUCUUGGUACGUACAGGGUCUCAUUAGGGUCUAAGACUUGUGAUUGUGGAUACUUCCAAGCACUUCAUUUUCCCUGUCCGCACGCACUGGCAUGCUGUGCUUAUUCACGACUUACAUGGCAGCCUUACGUCCACGAGGUCUAUCGCCUUAUUUCCGUUUUCGGUGUCUAUCAGAUAGGAUUUACACCUCCCAUUCCAGAGGGUUUCUGGCCACCUUAUGCCGGGCCUACCGUUAUACCGGAUCCGAAUAUGAGGCGUGCGAGGGAGGGUCGUCCUAGAUCCACAAGAAUUCGCACCAACAUGGAUGAAGCAGAUCCGAACCGGCCAAAGAGAUGUGGCCUCUGCAGGCAGCCAGGUCACACCAGGCGUCGUUGUCCACAAGCCGCAGGCCCCAGCGGGACUGCUGGAAAUCAAUAG